AUGACUUUUAUGGUGGUUAUCGGAGCUGAACAUUCUGUGGUGACCAUCCUGAUGAAAGCCAAGAAUCUCUUUGUUCAUGAAAAUGACCAUGUAGCCCUGGGAGUCCUGAGUCAGACAGUAGGGCCUGCUAGAGGCCAGUGGCCUACCUUCCAAACAAUGGGACACAGUGACAGCGAGAUAACCCCCUACCUCUUCUCUGGUGACAGCUUUGACCCUAAUCAAGGAGUCGGGCAAAUUGACCUUGGGAUAGAGCCUUCAAUUACAAGUAAUGGCACCAAUAGCCUGAUGUUGCUGGUGGGCUCCAUGGUGACAGUUCUGGGACAUAAUAAUCCAGACCCACUGCCCCUCUAUGCCCCCAACACCCUAAAACUGGCCAUGGAGCAUGCCCUGGCACUGCUGCAGCAGCUGCUGGGAGGUCUGCUUGCCAUAGGGAAAAUGUAUAUGAGCCAUAUAUUAAAGACAGAUGACAUGGAAAGAGAAAAUGCAAGUUUUCCUAACACUUUUGUCCUGCUGGGCUUCUCAGAGUUUCCAUGGCUGGAGAGGCCCCUCUUUCCAGUGGUCCUAGUUGCCUAUAUCCUCACCCUGUUGGGGAACACCUCCAUCCUCCUCCUCUCACUAGUGGACACCAGACUACAGAUGCCCAUGUACUUCUUCCUGGACAACCUCUCUCUGAUUGACCUCAGUCUUACCUGCACCAUUGUGCCCCAGCUGCUGGCCAACAACUUGGGAGCACACAAGACAAUUGUUGCCUGGGGCUGUAACACACAGGUCUUUCUCUUGUGCUGGACAACUUCAACUGAAAGUGCCCUACUGGCCAUGAUGGCCAUUGAUCGCUAUGUGGCCAUCUGCUGGCCCCUCCGGUACACUCUCAUCAUGCAUCCCUGGGUUUGUGUGUAGAUGACAGCUGCCUCCUGGUCCAGUGGUUUGGCCUAUGCUCUGCUCCAAGCCACACUCACACUCCAUCUCCCUCUCUGUGGAAACCACAACCUGGACCAUUUCUUCUGUGAGAUACCUGUGCUCAUCAAGCUGGCCUGUGCGGACACCUCUGCUAAUAAGCUGGCCAUCAUAUUGGCAUCCAUCCCAGUAGGAAUGAUGAGUCCCCUGGUGGUGAUCAUCUCCUACAUCUUCAUCGCUAGUGCUGUACUGAAGCUACCUUCAACUGCAGGAAGGCAAAAGGCACUCAGCACCUGCAGUUCCCACUUGCUGGUGGUCACCAUGUACUUUGGGCCAGGUAUCUACUUGUAUCUCCAGACUUCAUCCAAAAGUUCACAGGCCAAAUUCGUGUCCUUCUACUGUGUUAUUAUGCCCAUGCUCAAUCCACUCAUCUACACCCUGAGAAACAAGGAUGUGAAGACGGCAUGGAACAAGAUCCUGCAAUCCCGUGGUGGGGUGAAAUCUCUACAAGCCAGAAGAUCACUGUCUGUCUCCUAA